UUUUUGCAUGGAGAGAAGGCCAGAGGUUGGUCAGGAUGUUGCUUGGUCCACCUCCUAAACUUUCAAACUUCUUGGCCAAGACUCUGGAUCCCGAGGGCAAGAACGACUGUGACCCGUCAGACCAGAAAGUAAAAGAUCCAAUGGAGCAUGACCGAUCCACUUCGUUUGCAAAGAGCCCCGGACGAAGAUUCUGUAUUCCGAAAGAAGGCGAUCACUGUUGUACUUCUGUUCAAACUGGUCUAAUGGAAUCUGACCAGCCUGGGCUGGAGGCUGUACAGGUAACUGGAAUCCUAGAUGGCCUACAAUCAGAAAAAAAUGUUGGUGGGAAUCAAAACUCUUCCUGGGAAAUGGGAAGUGGCAGCCCAAACCUCGAAAGAGAGUAUGGUGAAGACAGUCAGAGGGCACUUGCAAGUCCUAAGGGACAUAACUAUCUUUCAUCUCAUAAAGGCCAUCCGACUAGCCCAAAUCCUGGUAGCACCAACCCUCCGAGAAAUUUCAACCUAAGAUCAGGAUCAUGUCCUGGCAACAAAAGAAGUGUUUCACCUCGGAAAAGCAGAGUGUGUUCCUCUAGCCCGUUUCUGAACAAUUCUGGCACAGAAAAUCAGGAGGAGAGAGGGGCAGGGACUGAAGAGCAUCUGCGAUCUCCACUGGCCCGCAGUUACAACGCAGAUGAAGUCCGUGAGUAUAUGAGCAGGCAGCUGGUCGAGCGCAAGAAGAAAGAGAGGGAACAGAAACUCUCAGUAAAGCAAGCCAUGGAGAUGAGGAAGAAAAGACUGCAGGAAGUCUAUAAGAAACAAAAAGAGGCUCUCUCAAAGAAAACAAAAGGGAACCAAAGGGGCAAUUCAUUGGCUGGAGGAAAAGAAUCUGCGAAGCAAGAGAACACAGUGGGUGCAGCUGAAGCGGUUAAUGAUGGGAUACCAGUGCAGGGCAACACGGGGCCUCGAGACUUGGUGGAAAGAUACUGUUCAUCAAAGUCAAGUCGGAGUUUGAAAACAAUUGUCGAUGAAAGUGGGUUGUGCCAGAUGCAGCUGAAUUAUACCAAGGGACCAUUCCAUGGUUAUCUAUCCAGCAAACGUAGCCCAUUGAGACUUAAAGACCUAGAGCCGCAUCAUCUGUCCCCCCCACCAUCUCCUUCACCACCCCCCAUCAGUCAACUCUGGCCUCCACCUCUGACAAACUGUGAGGGGGAAAUGAGCUGCAAAGCUACGUUCAACAGCAGCAUCGGGCACAGGAGCAGGCAGCAACGUAUUGAGGCCCUUUGCUUCAUGGCGACAGCCCUCAGUGACCGUACCGAGAAUGAAGCGAAGAGGCUGGGUGUGAAGAUGGAGGCUCAGAAGCGUGCUGGACACCAAGGCAGCAGCGAAGGGGGGAAGCCGGCUGAUGUGGGUGGCUUCGCUCGGGCCGACCCAGCAUCCAAGCUGACCGACGGGUGUGGCCUGAGGCGGCAGAACGUCCCGGGCACUGACCCAGUCGCGUCACCAAGGGCGCUGAGUGUUUUCGAAAUCUCACCCACCCGUCUUCAGAGGAGGGAAGAGCAACAGGAAGCUGCUGCGCCCAAAGAUAAGACGGUGGACAAUAAACCUGAGCUGGAGAUUGAGGAACUAAUGGAUAAGCUGCUGUGCAGUUCCUCUUCCCUGAGCGAAAGCUUCCUGUGGAGUGACUCUGAACCUUUGACAGAACAAGGACUGCACAAAAAACCCAAAGUGUCAGACAACACCCAGCCAGAUGAACACAAAGAGCUAGUUAAUAAAUGUGCUGAUGUCCAGAGAGCCUUCGACAAAGCAGACCAUCAAGCCACAAGGAAAGGCAGAACUAGUGAACUCCCUUUCGAACCAGUCUGGCCUCAGAAUAGGUCUUUGGGCAGAAGAACUCCUCAGAAAAUGAAUAGAGUUCAAGAUGGCAACGAGCCUUCCCAGGCCCAGAAAGGUUACCCGCAUGGCAUACAAUGUCAGCCACUUGCAAGUGACUCCCUGGAGACGAGGAACGGUUCCUCACUCACAGGGAAAUCCCACCGGAAGAAAAGUCAGUCACAUGAUCCACAGAGGAAGUGUUCAGCUAUUGCUGAAGGAAACUAUAAUCAUGUGAGUGCACAGCUUCCCAGAAGCUCUGGGCUCACCUUGACCCUGAGUGAAAAGCCCUCCGACAGCUCCAGACUGUCAACCUGCACCAGGAAUACCCCAACAAAGGAGAUGGGAAAGGAAGACCCUGUGAUCCAGAGACUGGCCGAGCUGAUGAAGCAACUCCAAGAGGAGACUGAACAGUUAAGCUUCUGCUGCAAGGCACGCAGUUCCCUGAGGGAAGACCCAUCAAUUGAGUUGAAGAGACCCUCCACAAUCAACCCAAUCACUGAGACCACCAACUAUUUGAGGAACAACACAAGGAGAGCAAACGUAGAGACGUCUUUGGAUGGCCAAGAAUCGGUUUUGGGAACCACCCACACUUCACUUGUUGGUGGAACGCUGGUGCCAGAUAUAUUAGUGGAACAGUCCUUUUGGUCCCUAUUGCCUUCUGAGAGCCAUUGGAGACAGACGAUGGAAAAUAAUAUGAAGUUGCAGUCAGGGGACAACAUUGUACAGAACACAACACAUGAUCCUUUUAGAAAGAGGCAGGAAGCAGGAACAUCUAUCUUUGGUAGCCCAAAUGCAUUCAGUCGUUUUACCUUUGAGAUGGCUCAGCAGUAUCUGAAGGAGGAGGAACUCCGAGCCAGACACCAGGCAGCUCUCUUUGGACUGAGAGAGAAAGCACUGAGGGAGAAAACCAAGACUGAGCUGGCCUGGCUGGAGCAUCAGAAAACACAUCUCCGGGACAAAGGACAGGAUGAUAAAAUGCCAGCCAUAGUCCAGAAGCAACGGGAGAUUCUGAUGAAGCUACAGCAGGAGAAGGCGGAGAUCAGGCAUCUCCAGAAUGUCUACAAAGCAGCCCAUCAGGAGAGGAAACUCCUCCUGAGACAGCAGCAAGAGAUCUUCAGAAUUCAUCAGACCACCACACACCUCCAGUGCCAGUUGGACAGAUCAGCAAUGGACCCUCGGUACUCGGGAAUGAAGGACACUUUGCUUGAUCCAGCGGUUGUCCAUAAGUCCGAGUGCUGGGCAAGUCCAGGCCUCAGUUCCAAGCUUCCUGACCAGGAUGAGCAGAGCUGCUCUUCUCCAUCAGCCUCUGGGAUUGAAGACAGCAUCGCCAUGAAGCAACUGAAGAAGAUGCACAGCAGACUGGAUGAAAGGUUCUUGACUAAGAAAGAGAAGCAGCUGAUCAAACGGCGGCGACAAGCUGAGGACUUACUGGAGUGGAAGCACCGCUUAGAUGCAGAGGAGCUGGCCAUCCGCAGGAUUGAGGCAGAGGCUGUUGCACCCUGGAGUCCACAGGACCGAGAAAAAGGCCCCGGCACCAGUGAUCCUUUAACAGAGACUGAUAACUGGAACAAUGAGGAAUCCUCACAAUCUCCCAAAUCAAAAAAAACCCUUGGGACUCUCAAAGUGGUGACCUCAGCUGCAGAUGCCCCUUUGGAUGAGCAGAGUCAAGGGCAACAGAAUAUGAAUCCUCCUGCUGCAAGUUUGGAGCAGAUGGCUACGAUUGUUCUGAAACCUUCUGAAAAGACAGUGACGGAGGUGGCUGAGGUUCACUCAGGGAAAGGUUUACUUAACACUGAGCCAGCCCUGGAACCAACCAUGGGAGAAAACCGCAAUUCCCCACUGAGGCGUGAACUGACGAAUUGUAAAGCAAUGAUGUGCAACAUACGGAGUGAGCAGAAUAGGCAAAGGAGGGAAAAGUUAAAGAUGGAGGAAGCUGAGUUGUGCAGACAGCUGGAGGAGUAUGAUGCCUUUAUCAGUAAGACACAGGCUGAAUUGAUAUCAGAUGCUGACAUCAACCUGAUUCUAAAGCCACAAAUUAAAACCCCUGUUGCAGCCCAGCACAAGCCACGAAUGAUUUUCCCUUGGCUGCAGAGGUCUAACAUUCUUAAGAGUCCAGCAAAAGCAAAUAGUGAGAUCUUUCAACCACAAGACAUGCCUUCAAAGCAAGGUGAAAAAGCUAAAUACAUGGAAAAGAUCUUGAAGCCACAAGAGAUUACUGGAUCUGUGGAUGUGAGUUGUCCACCUGGUAAGUCUGAGAUUGGCGACCAACCAUCCCAUGAUCCUGUCUCCCAACUUCCUCUUUCCUCCAUGCCAGUUGAUGAGAAUCGGUGUGCAGAAAACCAAUCUGAAAUGCUUGCCACUUAUUUGUCUCCAGAAUCAUCCGGAAGUUCAGAUAUAGUCAUUGAGUCUUCAGAUUCAUCCCAUGACAGCAUUGAAGAGAUUCUCCAAUAUAGUGACACUGACUAUACAGCUUGCAAUAGAAAUAAAAACAAUGGUUCAUCUGAUGACACUUUGACUGACAGAUCUUCAAUUGUACUUAAAGAAGAGGGAAAUGUGAUAUUGUCAUCAAAACCAACAGAAUCAUUGUUUGGAAGCAAGUCCCAGUUGUACCCAAAUGAUAACUGGGAUGAUUUUGCUACCAAGUCAACAGAUAAUUCAUUGCAAACCUCUGCCCACCAUACAUUGAAUAAUAAUACCAACCUGGAAGCAAAAGAAAGCAUGGAGCUUGGGAAUAUUCAACUAAAUAAUAUCAAAAGUUCAGAAAACACCAAAGAGAGCUGGUUUGGAUUGGCUAAUCAUUCUGAAAAGGUUUCUAGUUUCAGGGCUUCAUCUAACCAUCAGCCUACAUUAGUGUUGGCAGGAAAUGAAAUACUUAAACCUGAAAGAGAGGUGGAUCGUCAGAAAAUGACAACUGCUGGAUCACCCCUUGGAAAGGAUGAUAACUUCUGUGAAGUUACUGCAAUUCCAUUUUCCUUGAGAAGUAGCCAUGUCUGGAAAAAGAGUGCAGCUUUAGCACAUGGUCAACUAGCUCCUGGUAGUGGCCCCAGGACUGCAGAGCUUAUUUCACCAACGCUCCCUUUUUCAUACAUGGAUGACAUUGCUAGCGCUGAAGAAAAUCCGAAAGACCAAGACCGUGUCUCGUUGCGUAAUGAGGCAGUGCAGUCACCUGCAAGAAAUACUCUGUGUGCAAAUGAAAAUUUGCCAUCUUCACUUGAAACAAAUCCAUUAAGAAGUGAAACUGUUGAAGAAAUGGCCCUGUAUAGAGCAGGCAGGUCACCUGUGGCUGAAGAUGUUGCAUCUAAAAAUGAUGAAUUGUCAUCUUUGAAUGAUAAACAGAAGUCAUGCGGUAGCCAGACUUCAUCUCCAGUUUUAAAGGAGUCUUCAUGCAAAGAGGUAGACUUGGUUUCAGUCAAAGGAAUCGGCUCAUCAGUUCUGGAGGAACAGCCAAACCUUGUAGAAGAAAUCUCAUCUAUAAAAGAGGAGCUGCUAUCUUCAGUUGAGGAAGACAGUAUGUUCAGUAUAAAAGAAUUAAACUCUCCAGUUGAUGAAUUAAUGUUAUAUGAAAGCAAAGCCUUUCCACUUCCAGAUGAAGCUGAUAUCUCUUUUGAAAGUGAAGAUUUUCCUCCGCCACCUGAAGAAAUUAUUUUGUUAAUAAACAAAGAGCUUCCAUCUCCAAUUGGAGAAAAUACCUUUGUUAGAAUUGAAGCUCUACCACUGCUAUCUGUUGAUAACUCUUUGAUAAAUAAAGGGUUACCAUCUUCAGGUGAAAAACACAAUUUGGUGAACACUGAUGAUUUCACUCUUCUUCUUUCUCCCGAUGAAGAAAGGAAUCCACAUACCUCAAGCAGAACAACAACUACCAGAUCCUUUAAAGGACUUUAA